AACUGAUGAGGACAACUCUAUCACCCAUGACAAGGGGGACAAUAGUCAGGCAUCAGGCCCUGCUAACAGCAUCCCUGUUGCAGCAUCGCCUGCACUGGAUAAGUUGUCAAGUACGACGUUUGACCUGCAGAGGGCUCGGGGAAGAGACAGGAUCAAGCAGAAAAAGUUUGGGCAGAAGUUUGAAAA